CGAAUACAAUGGCAGGCUGUACAGGGCUGUACUGGCCUUAAAGACCCUUCAGUGGCACAAGUGGGCCGUCCCUCCAUCCGCUUUGUUAUUUACCAACCUCACGUUCCUCUCCCCCAGCACGCAUUUGUCAAAUUCAUAUCCUAUUCUUCAUUCUACACAAGAUGCUUACAAUCUUUCAGGGGAGUUCCCUGGCCAUCCUCUUGGCAGUCGCCAUCAAUCACCUAGGUGAAGUUUCUGCCGAAGUGCCAACACCAUCCCCAACAAAACCCGGUCCGACAAGCCCGGCUUCUCCCAACCAGGUUUCGGGGACUUAUUUUGGCUGGUCUUCUUGGAGCUUACAAGCUUACAAAGGAAAGGGCUAUGGAUCCGACUGGCUGACAGAAAACAACAUCAAAGCCCAGGCCGAUGUCUUAUCCAAAGAGUUUUCUCAGUUAGGGUAUACUCGCAUCAACUUGGACUCCGGCUGGCAAGAUGCCGAAUUGGACAAAUAUGGCCGAACCAUACUGAACCGCAAAACUUUCCCAAGCGGAAUCGACAAUCUAUCGAGCUACCUAGCCCAGAAGAAGCUCAAAUUGGGCCUUUUUUACCUUCCCGGGAUCGAUUCCAGAGCGGUUAACAGUAAAUCCGUAGUGAUGGACACGAAAUACACCGCGGAUCAAAUCAUACAAUGUCCCGACAAAGACGCAUUAGGAUGCAAUCGAAACACCGUGAAUGCAUUCAACGCUGGUAUGGCAUUAAACUACAGCCAUCCAGGUGCUCAGAUGUAUAUCAACAGCGUGGUCGAUGGCCUCUACAGCUGGGGCGUCAGCUAUGUGAAACUGGCCGGGAUCGUACCCGGCUCUAUGGUCGACCCGCCCGAAUACUGGAAAUACAACACCACAGCCGAUCUGAUGGCCUGGAGAAAGGCGAUCAAUGAGUUGUAUGAACAGAAGUGGCAGAAGCAAGGUCGGGAACGAAUUUGGUUGGGCGCGAGUUGGAAAAUCCCAACGAGUGCCGGUGCGACCAUGGACAAAUACGUGGACAGCUUCAGAGUUGAACAAGAUAUCGAGGCCUACAGCGAGACACAGAUGACUACAUUCGAUCGGGUGAUCAGGAAUGCUAAGACCGCCGCACUCUGGUCCUCUGUUGAUCCGAAUCGUAAGUGGAAAGGAGUCAGGGACCUCGAUUCGAUCUUGAUAAGUGACAUGACGUUGGCGGAGUGCAAGACAAUGGUCACCAUCUGGGCGAUGUUUGGCUCGGUACUUUACUUGGGAGAUGAUCUAACCAAAUUGCCAGAAGUUAGAAAGGCCUUAGUCAAGAACCCCGAGGUGCUCAAGCUAGCGAUUUUAGCAUCCACGAACGAAGCCAGAUUGGAUGGCUUCAAUCCCAGUCCCUCCAGCGCCGGAUCAAGCAGCUUGAAAUCCUCGACCAUGAGCUUGAAAUCUUUUGAAGGACUCGAAUCCAAAGCUAUUGAAGAAGUCCAGUCGGUUUCCAGCCGGGAUUGUGACGAGAUGGCCGAGAAACGUCGAUUGGUGGUCGAGAAAGGCUUGUUCCAGAAGGUCGAUGACUCCGACCAACUCCAUGAGACUUGCAUGAAAAAAAGCAAGAGUGCCAAAUCGAGGCUUCAAGCUCGGGCGUUCCCCUCUGGCGCCGAGGAUGCCCAAGCCGACCAAUGGAGUCUCCAAUAUUGGGUCUUGGAACAAGGUCAAGGCGAUAUCUACGUGGCCGUAGUUAACGCCGGUCAACAAACCCCUGAUGACAAACCGGUGAAGGUAGAGAUCAGUUUGAGCAAGCUUCAAACCCUUCAAAAGAGUCCCAGAAACAAGCAAAUGACUGGAAUGAAGUACACCGUCCGAGACUUGUGGAAUAGCAAAGACCUGAGCAGUGUUGCAUUCGAAGGCAAGAUCGAGUCUACUCUAGAGCUUCAUGGCACGGUUCUGUUAAAAUUCAGUCCAGUCAGCCAUCCCAAUUAGAACCAAUAUAAAGUCUUGAGUCGUAGCAAGACAUAUCAUGCUCUAAAACAAUUUUACACCGGACUCUUUGGUUCUUUAUACCUACUUUCAAUCUUUAAAAUAUAUAGCAGCAUCGAAUUCUCAACGCUCUUGUCUCUCUAUUUCUCUCAGUCAUUAUGU